AUGGUUCGACCUAUCACUAGCAAGGACGUGGGCCUAAGGGUGCUCCGUGAAGCGCCGGCCGAAGCGCAGAACAUCGACUCACUAGAUAGCAUUGUCGCAGUCCACGGUCUCGGUGCCCACCCUGACGACAGCUGGUGCAAGAACGCGGGCACGACAGAGGAGCCACAAUGGCGCAACUGGCUUGUCGAGCACGACAUGCUGCCAGCGGUAGCGCCGAGCGCACGCAUCAUGCGGUACGGAUAUGAGUCGCAGUGGUUCGGCCAAGAGGCGAUGCAGCAGAGCGUGUCUACUGUGGCCGAGCGGUUGCUAAGAGCGUUGAAGCGGGAGAGAAAGGCACUCCUAGAAGCCGAGCAGUACCCAAACGAAUGGCCUGGACUGUUCUCGUCGACGACUGGCCUAGUCUUCUUCGGUACGCCGUUUCGAGGCGCCGAGGGGAUGAACCAGGUAGAGAUGCUUGAGGCGGCGCGGCGUGAACACCACGACGACCAGGUGCAGCCCGCCGUGCUUGAGGUGCUGCAGCCAGGGAACGCAUACCUGCAGGACUUAGUCGACAGCUUCCUAAGGAAGAUGCGAGGCCAAGCAAACAAGACUCAGGUCGUGUGCUUUUUUGAGCUUAAGUCAAGUAAUGUAGGGAACAUUGUAGGCAAGCAGGAUCGGAUUAGAUUUGUAGUUAGCCAGCAUGCUGGCUGUCUAGAUCUUUCUGAGUCGACGGACAAGCGGUCGCUUUCGCGGACCCACUUUGAUAUGAACAAGUUCGAAGAUGCAAAAGAGGAAGACUUUCAGACAGUGGCAGAAGUAAUAGAGAGCAUAGUUGAGGCGUCUCCUCAGCUCUUUCCCUACUAUAUUAAACAAGGUGGGCUAAGCACGCCAGGUGUCAGUAAGCACAAAGUCGACUUCAGUCUCCGAGGUAUUCCUAUUGUGAGUCAGUUCGUCGCUAGAGAUUUAGAGAUGCAAGCGCUCGAGAAGACUCUUGUCAAGACUUCACCCGCUACAAGUCGUCCAAGAAACGUUGUGAUCGUCCACGGACUAGGUGGCAUUGGUAAGACGCAGCUGGUGGUGGAGUUUGCACGAAAGCACCAGCGUCAGUUUAGUGCAGUGUUCUGGCUAGAUGGAUCGUCCGAGGCCAGCCUAAAGCAGUCGUUCAUUGACAUAUCGCAGAGACUUCCACGCUGCGAGCUGACGGCUGACGGCGUGCAAAUGCUUAGCCAGGCCACUGUCGAGGCUGAUGCGGCAGUGCGCGAGUGUCGGCAGUGGCUAUCCAUAUCAUCCAACUACCACUGGCUCUUAAUUGUAGAUAACGUCGACCGCGACCACCGCGAUAAAGGUGACUCGCAGGCAUACAAUGUGAAGGAAUACUUCCCAGACGCAGACCACGGAUCGGUCCUAAUCACGAGCCGGCUGGCUAGUCUCCAGCGGCUCGGAUCUGGCGUCAAGGUGGGAAUAGUGGCAGCAGAGCAGGCCCACGCCGAAAUGGUGCUUGGACUGCUUCACGGGCUCCCACUAGCCCUCACCCAAGCCGGGUCGUACAUGCGCGAGACAAAUGUGUCAGCGGCUGCGUAUGCGAAGCACUACGACAGCACGUGGGGUCGCUUGAUGAAGAAAGAGGGUCGCUUUCCGCUCGACGAGUAUGGCGAUCGCAGCGUGCAGACUACUUGGACCAUAUCGUACGAGCAGGUUCAGCGGCGGAGCGAUGGGGCAGCUUGUCUGCUAAAGUUGUGGGGUUUUCUAGACAGCGGAGAGGUGUGGUACGAGCUUAUUGCAGCAUGCAAGGAUUUGGCGGAAGAGACAGAUGUUCCAACAUGGCUGCUAGAGAUGGCUGAGGAUGAGUUAGAGUUUGCAGAAGUAAUGGGCCUGUUGUCGCGCUACUCGCUUAUCGAUGGCAAAGAAGGCACUGACAGCUACUCGAUGCAUUCAGUACUGCAUCGAUGGUGUAGCUCCCAGGCGAAAGAUGAGGAGCGGCAGGCACUAGGUUGCUUGGCAGUAGAGCUAGUGGAAUCAAGCGUACCUUCAAAGUCGGAAACGGAGUUCUGGAGGAAGCGGAAGCGGAUUAUGGCGCAUGGGGCGUAUGUUAGUAGAUGGAUAGUGAAGGAAGAUAAGCUAGGUGAGAGGCAGGGCAUGAAGACUUUUAUACAGCCAGGAUCGUUUUAUAAUCUUGGAUAUCUGCUUGACGAUGAGCAUAGGCAGCAAGCAGAGCAGAUGUACCAGCGAGCGCUGGCUGGAUACGAAAAAGCAUGGGGGCCAGACCAUACAGAGACACUCGACACCGUCAACAACUUGGGCGUUCUUUAUGCAGACUUAGGCAAGCUCGAACAAGCCGAGCACAUGUACCAGCGAGCGCUGGCUGGAAAGGAGAAGGCAUGGGGACCAGACCACACAUCGACACUUGACACCGUCAAUAACUUAGGCGUUCUCUACAAAGCCCUAGGCAAGCUCGAGCAAGCCGAGCACAUGUACCAGCGAGCGCUGGCUGGAUAUGAGAAAGCAUGGGGGCCAGACCACACAAAGACACUCGACACCGUCAACAACUUGGGCGUUCUUUAUGCAGACUUAGGCAAGCUCGAGCAAGCCGAGCACAUGUACCAGCGAGCGCUGGCUGGAUACAAGAAGGCAUGGGGGCCAGACCACACAGAGACACUCGACACGAUCAACAAUUUGGGCCUUCUUUAUGCAGACCUAGGCAAGCUCGAACAAGCAGAGCACAUGUACCAGCAAGCGCUGGCUGGAUAUGAGAAAGCAUGGGGGCCAGAUCAUGCAAAGACACUCGACACGCUCGAACAAGCAGAGCACAUGUACCAGCAAGCGCUGGCUGGAAAGGAGAAGGCAUGGGGGCCAGACCACACAAAAACACUUGACACCGUCAACAACUUGGGCCUUCUUUAUGCAGACCUAGGCAAGCUCGAGCAAGCCGAGCACAUGUACCAGCAAGCGCUGGCUGGAUAUGAGAAAGCAUGGGGGCCAGAUCAUGCAAAGACACUCGACACGGUCAACAAUUUGGGCCUUCUUUAUGCAGACCUAGGCAAGCUCAAGCAAGCCGAGCACAUGUACCAGCGGGCACUAGCUGGAUACGAAAAAGCAUGGGGGCCCGAGCACACAUCGACACUCGACACGGUCAAUAACUUGGGCCUUCUUUAUGCAGACCUAGGCAGGCCGGAGCAAGCCGAGCACAUGUACCAGAGAGCGCUAACUGGAUAUGCGAAAGCUAUCCAUCCUGAUAACCUUCUCACUUUCAUCCCAGCGCUUAACAACAUGUGGGCCUUUGCUUCUCUACGUGAAAGCCAGGGCCACAUAGAGGAUGCUCGACAAUGGUACUCGCAGGCUCUGCUAGGCUAUGAGAAGACCUUUGGGCAGGACCAUGAGAAUUGUCAGGCCUUACGUAACAAUCUAGAUGCGUUAACAAUCGAGGAGGAGGAAGAGGAGGAACAAUAG